AUGUCAAAUAGUGUUAUGAUUAUUUGCUGGUCUAAAUAUGAAUUUCAUGUUAUUCCAUGGUUAUUAAUUGCAACAUUUAUUGAAAUAAUCACAGGAAUAUUUGAUUAUGCAACAACAACAACAUUAAAAUAUCCAAAAUUACAAGAUAAUCAAAAAGGAUUUUUUAUAAUUCUUAAUUGGACAAUGCCAUUUAAUUCUUAUACACAUUUUGGAAAUUUUCUUUGGUAUUCUUAUCCAUUAUAUUGUGUUUUUGGGACAUUAGAAUGUUGUUAUGAAUAUAAUCAAUUGAUUUCAACAAUGAAUUUUUUCAUCGCUACAAAACAACAAAAUUAUCUUUUGAUUUUAUUUUUAUUAAAUCGUUAUUGUUUAUUAAUUCCAUCAAUAUUAUAUAUUUGGUGUGAAAGUGCAUAUUGUUUACAUAUUAUUAAAUCAUGGAGAGAACCAUCAAGACAAAUUCAACCAGCAAAUGAUGAAAUUAUUUAUGAUGAUUCAUCAAAUUCAUGUCAAGGAGGUUUUAUUCAUUAUAAAAUAAUAUCAAAGAAAUAUGAAAAUUUAUUAAAAAAUUCUUAUGAAGAACUUCAAUUGAUUUUAAAAGAAAGAUUUGAAUUUGCUUUAUCAAAUUGUGAAGUUUUUGGAUUAAUUUAUGGAAACAAACAGGAAAUACAAUGGAAAAUCUUUUUUUAA